AUGGUUCCACAUUCGUUACAGUGAUGUCCUAGAGCAACCAAUCAGAAAGGAAAUGUUAUCAGUUGUUUGGCCUUUUUUGUUUUUUUGAGGAGAGGCGGUAAUAACAGUCUGGCGGUAAGCGAUCUACAGAUUGGCGUUUUCUGUAAUUACAACUCUAAGUAAGAGUAGUGACAUUUCCAUAUUUAGAGGUCCUGCGUUCAAUUCUCUGCCUGGUUCCCUGGUAAUAUUUUGUGGUUUUCUUUAGACGCUGUAGAAAAUUUGAUUGUCAAAAUGCUUAGCCAAGAAGAUGUUGUAACAUCCACCAAAGACAAGAUGCCAUAUUUCCCUAUUUGUAUGUCUGAUAUGAAAGCACCAACUGCCAAGUUCAUACAAAGUUAUUACUUUCGGGUGCUGGAAGUGUUCGGAGUGGACGUGGACAAUUUGAAAGAGCCGUCACCUGAACAGGUGCAGGAGCUAGACUAUUCAGAUGCAUACAGACCUCCGCUGCCUCUUUUAAACUUAUAUUUUGCUCUGUCCUAUAUAUAUAAACACAUCUUUGUGGAUAAUUUUUCAAUAAUGGAUAUAACUGAACCAACUCCUCAACGGACCCUGUACCUGAUGAAUGCUAUGGAUGCGUUUCACACAUUUGCUGACUGGAAAGCUCAGAAUGUGGAGAAUAUUUCUGCAGAGUUACUUCAACGUAAGGCAGAAUGUGAUGAGUUACGAGCUCAGUGUGAAGAACUUAAAAAGGAAUUGAACAUGACUGCAAGCGAACGUGCCCAGAGAGAAAUGCGGAAGAAAGAGUUGUUCGCCGCAGAUGAGGAGACAAGAAAUGAGAUUCUCCAGUUGAAGAAAGAAGACGCUGAAAUUCAGGAGGACAUGGCCUUGUCUGAAGCUGCCUUUGUGAAGGCAGAGCAAAAGAAUGAAAUGCUACAGGCGGAAUAUCAAAAGCUGGGUGCAGAAGUAUCGGAACUGCGAAAUCAAAUUGUUGAAUUCCCUGACCAGCUAGUAGCAGAUCUAAAUCGUCUGCGGGAAUUAAAGGAAAAGGUCGAAGCAGAAAAGCAGCACUUAGCGGAGGUUAAGCAGGAAAAGGAUCGACAGAAGGAAUUGUAUGAGAAAUUUGUGCGCAUGGGGGAAGAGUGUGAAGUCAAGCUGAAGGACAUACUUGCUACUGAUGAGCGCAUCAAUAAACUCGAUAAAAACCAGGAGAGAAGCCAAAAGAAGAAAGAGGCUUCCACAACGAAAGAGCAGGAAAUGAACAAGAAGAUCCAAAAUUCGCUAAAAAAGAUAGCUCGGUUGCAGGAACAGAAAAUGGCUGUCGGCCUGCAGUGGGAAAACAGGAAAACGGCACUCGCGCAGAAUAUCGAGGAAAAGACCAGGGAGAAAAUGCUUUUGAAGAAUAAGUUACGUGAUGCGCUAGAUAAAGUGGCUGACAUUUCAGCGAAGAGAGAGGAACUGGACGAAACAUUCAACUUACUAGAACGACAGAAUGAGGAACAGAACAAAGCCUUUGAUGAUCUAUACGAAAAGAAAACUUCAGAGCAAGAUGCUUCUAUUAAGAAGAUACAAGAUGCGCAAACCCAGCUUCUUAAAAACCUGAGAAGACGCAUAUGAUCUGGCUUUUAACAAGAGGCAACCCAAGUUCAUGUAAACUGUGUGUGCUGUUAUAAAUUCUCUUAUUUCAGAACCCAAAUAAAUGUAAAUGGUCUCUUUACUGCUGUUAACUUUGAAAUGCUGCAUUAAAUCAAAACAAAGUUAA